GAGAUGUUGUUAUGCAUUCUUUACCGAGGCCUCGGUAGUGUUGGAUGUCGACCGUAAAAAUGGCCGUUUGAAAGCCGAAUGGCUGCAACAAUGUAAUUACGAAAUCACACUUCGCGGGACUGACCCGAAGUUUUAAAACUCCGAAAAGACCUACUCCAUAGACAAAAGAGCACAGAUUUUACCAUGGCGGAGAUAAGAACGCUAGCAGAGGAAAGGGAAUACUUACUAAAACUGAUCGAAGAAUGGAAUGCCAGCCGACUGGAUAUCUUCGCAAUCAGCGAACCGACAGAGGAUUUGGAGUACCGUGGUGUCAUGAGGUUUUUCUUCCAAGAUUCCGGGUCCAAAGUAGCGACAAAAUGCGUACGAAUUUCAAGCAAGGAUAACACGGACGAUGUGACCAAAAUCUUGGUGGAUAAAUUUCAUCCAGAUAUGAAAAUGCUGACAAAUCCCUCGUAUUCGCUAUACGAAGUUCAUCCGAAUGGAGAAGCCCACAAGUUGAAAGCCACUGAUCACCCGCUCCGAAUACAGCUAGAAUGGCAGCUGGAUGACAGAGAAGGCAGGUUCCUUUUGAAAAGUGAUCAGGAUAAAAUCGUCCACGCCAAAAAUCUUUUUGAGGGGGAGCAAAACCAGAACCUAAAACGACGACUCUCGAAACGUGAGAAGAAACAAAUGAAAAAGAAAAGAGAGGAAGAAGCUAAAAAGGUCAAAGCUGGAAAAGAUGACACUGCUAUUGCACAACAUUUGUAUGAUGAAUUGCCAGAGACGAGCUUUACACGGAGCAUAUCCAACCCUGAGGCAGUCAUGCGGCGGAGGCGGCAACAAAAACUGGAGAAAAAACUCAAGGAGUUUGAAAGUCGCGAGAGUGCCCCUGGUGGAACUUUGAAAAUAUUUGCCGAAACACUCAAACCUGAGAUUCCAUACAAGACUCUGUUAGUCUCAGUUGAUGAGAUCACUACGAAUAUUGUGAAAGAGGCGCUGGUCAAGUACAAUAUGGAGAAAGAAGACCCUGAAGAGUAUUGUCUAGUUAUGGUGAACAUCCCACCGGAGGGCUCCAACACUAGUGCCACUCUAGGCAAAGAGAGGGUCGUUCAUGAUGAAGACUGCCCUCUGAGGAUUGCAGUGACAUGGCCAGAGAACCGAGGGUCAGUUGCAUUUCACUUGCGGCGUAGGGCAAACCUUCCAAAGUACAGAAGGGAUAAGAGGCGAUCAAAGUCUCCAACAAGAAGUCCUAUGCAGGAUGUAUCACCUGAUAAGUCAGUUGCUGAGAGGUUAGCCAAAUCAACAUACCCACAGCACCUUCUUCCCUACCUACAAGAGCUCUCUCCCGAUGGCAGAGAACUCGACCACAAGCCUGAAAUUCAUCGCUUACAGAUGAAUGUCACCGAUGUAGGCAGUGAGAGUUUGAUGUCAGCGGGGGGAAGUCACCUCCAGCUAGUAGCACCCCACAUUCUCCCACGACACUGCGUCAUCACAAAUAUGGAUGGAAGGGUGUCUGUGACACCCAGUAAUGGUGACGCUGAGGUGUUUGUUGAUGGGAAGCGUGUCUAUGAGACCACGACACUGCAGCAUGGAGAUGUGGUCAAGUUUGGGAGAGUACAUGUCUUUAGGUUCUGUGAUCCUGCAUACGAGGAGAAGCACAAGCGGCAUAGUGCACCAGGCGGUGACAGAGGAAGUGCAAGCAGUCUGAGUGACUCUGAGGGUCAUCGAGGGGGCCGACAAAGCCGGCCCAGGUCAUCUGGCCCUGCACUACGCAGUCACCAUGAGAACCAUGUCGAGGACUCUGUAGAUUUUGACACAAGUGUCCACAAGGAUGGAAUGUUCGAAACAACAUUUGAUGUGGAUGGCGAUGUCAAGACAGUCAGUGGGCCAGAAUUUAUAGAUGCGCAUGAUCUUCCGUACACCUACGAUAGACUUCCUCCCUCGCCAAGCUCACCCAAGUCCCCAAACAGUGUCAGAGACAAGCUACCAGCCACCUUAGAGUUCAGAGAGUCAGGGGAGGAUGCUUUCUUUGCUGCAGUGAUCAGUGAGGUGAACGGUCUAGCAGUACACUUCAAGCUCGCUCCAACAUACACAUUGUACAUGUGUUCACGGUAUCGCAUGUCCAGUGCUUAUCGGCCAGAACUGAUGCCACAGCAGAAAGCAGAAAGAUUAGGAGUGACGAUCAUGAAGAUUGCAAACAUGGCAAGAUCUACUAUAAGGGAAAACAGCCACAUGCCAGGGAGCCUGGCCUUUUGGAUGGCCAACUGCUCCGAGCUCUUGCACUUCAUCAAAGAAGACAUUGACAUUUCUCCAUACACCAAAGACAGCCAAUCAGUGCUGGCCAAGUCUGUCCAGUUAGCCUUCCGCCAUUUGGUAUUAUGCAUCCAGCAUGAGUUACGCAAUAGCUUGCCAGCCUUCCUGGAUCAGUCAGAUGAUGCUGAUGUUGAGGAUAGUGACAUGGAAGCGUCAAUCAAUGAUAGUGACACAGAUCAUGGUGGUGAUGGGCGGAGCUUCCAUGUUCAUGACAGAUAUGGUCAAGAUGGAAGACCAUUGCCUAAUGGUGAUAACUUGCUAGGGAGACGAAGAAGCAACCGGCCAACUGUGUCCGAAGUGAUCUACCAUUUGUCCUCAACAAUGUCCCUUCUUCGUCGCUGCCGUGUUAACGCAGCAUUAACAAUCCAAGUAUUUUCUCAACUUUUCCACUUCAUUAACAUGUGGUUGUUCAACAAACUUGUCUUGGAACCGAAACUCGGCCUGUGCUCGAGGGAAUGGGGACGGCGCAUCUCCAAGCGGCUGAGGAGAGUCGAGGACUGGGCUCUAAGGCAGGGACUAGAACUAGCCGCGGAUUGUCAUUUGGGCAGAAUCGAGCAGGCGGCCUAUCUACUCCAAGCUCCCAAGAGCUCACCCGCUGACAUAAACGCCAUUUCAUCGUCUUGCUUCAAGCUAAACUCCGUGCAGAUGCGAACCCUACUGCAAAGCUACCGGCCGACCCAGGACGAGUAUUUAUCACAGGAAUUCAUUGACCGCGUAGUGACAAUAGCUGAGGAUACCGCUGACCAGACGGCGUAUAAAAGCGGCCAGGAGAUCACGCUUGAAGAGGAUCCGGAACUCCAGCUUCCAUUCCUGCUUCCAGAAGAUGGCUACUCGUGCGAGGUUAUACGGGGGGUCCCACAAGGGCUAAGGGAGUUCCUGGAGCCGCUAGCUAACACAGGCCUCUGCAAGCUGACCAUACAGACAGUUUCUUCCGGUCUCUGGACAGUGUAUCAAAGCAAAUAUAAAAUGAGUGAUGCAGUCAAUGGAAUGAACUCUGGACCAGAGAUCACGGAAAUCACGUUCAACAAAGGUCGCGGUGGCAUGGGGCUUAGUAUAGUAGCAGCAAAGGGCGCAGGGCAAGAUAGACUUGGGAUUUACAUCAAGCAAGUUGUGAAAGAUGGCCCUGCAGCUAAGGACGGCCGCUUGCAAGCAGGGGACCAGUUGAUUGCUGUUAAUGGCGAGAGUCUGAUUGGCGUUUCGCAAGAGAAAGCGGCAGAGUGUAUGGUACGCUCAGGAGCGAAUGUCACCCUGCGCAUCGUUAAACAAGGCGCAAUCUAUCACGGACUGGCAACAUUGCUAGCUGGUCAACAGACACCGGUCCCUAACAGAGAGCCGCGAAAGUUGACACCUCUCGAACCGGACAACGAUACAGUGUCACCCACUCUUCCAGACGAAAGCCUCCCGCGUUCUCCCACCAGAUGGCUUCCAAGCGCCCGCGAACCGACACGUCAGAGGUCAGAUGAAGAUCUGCGCAGGCGUAGUGACAGCUGGCAUCGGAGGGACGACGAAGAGCGCAUGCGCCGAGAAGAGAAGGACGCUAGGCGCAGAGAGGAAGAAGAAAGAAGACUUCGAGAAGAAGAAGACAGACUUCGACGUGAAGACGAGCUCCGACGGAAACGCGAAGACGACGAUCGUCGAAUGCGGGAUGUUAAAGAUCGAAGAAUACGAGAGGAGGAGGAAAGGAGGCGGGAAGAAGCCGAAGAAGAGGAAAGAAGGAGAGAAGAAGAGGAAAGACUACAGUACGAGGCUCGGCGGCGAGAGGAGGAAGAUAAAAAGCGACAGCUUGAAUUUGAGAGAGAGGAGGAAGCCAGGCAGAGAAUGGAAGAAGAACAAAGACUUGCAAUGCUUGAUGAAAGAAAACGCCGAGAGUUUGAAGAGGACGAAAGGUUGAGAAAGAGAGAGGAAGAGAUUCGGCUCAAGAUGGAAGAAGAGAGGCGACUCAUUGAGGAGGAAAGGAGGAAGCUUGCAGAGGAGAGAAGAUUGCUUGAAGAGGAGCGGCGAAGGGAAGACGAACGGCGGAGGGAAGAAGAUCGCAAACGACUAGAGGACUUGAAAAGAUUUGAGGACGAAAAGAGGCGAGCUGAAGAAGAAAAAAAGUCGGCGGAGCUACGGAUAGCUGAAGAGGUAAGGCGGAAGGCUGAACAGGCGAGAAGGCAAGAGGAAGAGGAGAGACGCCGUGCCGAGGAAGAAAGAAUGGAGGAAGAGAGACGGUACAUCGAGGAGCAGCGACGACGCGAGGAACAGGAAGAAGAAGAAUUCUACCUUCAACAGCAACGAGAGCGCGAGGAAAUUCUCAGGCGCGAAGAGGAGAGACGCCUGAAAACACAACGUCGCAUUAUGGAAGAGCGGCAACGCGCUGAGGAGGAAAUCCACCACUCUGAACUUCCCCAACGCAAGCGCAAGAUACGCUUUGAAGACGAAGUCGAGGAGGAGCAGAAUGUGAAACCGGUUGUACCGGUCAAACCAGCUAUCCCAGCGAAACCUGCAGUUCCUGCUAAGCCCUCGAAUGCAGCGCCCAUUGUGAAAGCUCGUAUGGAGACGACUUUCGAAGAACCUGUGCCGGUCGUUCAACGGACGCUGACGGAGGAACAGAAGUCGUCCAUUGACGCUAUUUUCGCUGAGCUCGAGAGAGAGACGGCGCCACAGAAACCGGAACCUCUGGAAGUCAAGAUUAACAAUCAGGAGCCCGUAGAUGAACCACCUCGAAGCCCCAUCCGCGUAGACAGCCGCAACACCCCGUACGGGCGAGCGAUUGUCAUCAAACAAAGCAUGUUACAGCAACCACGCUCCCCCUCCUCACCCAAUAACACGGCCAACAAACGCGACGAGUUCGACUACGAGCGCAUGCCCCGCAACCAGAAGGGUGGUGAUCCACAAGAACGCGGACGCAAGGUAUCUGAUGGAGAGGAUGACUUUGAGAGAUGGCAGCGGCGACAACGCGAGAUCGCGGAGCAGCGAGAGCGCGAGGAACGUGAUCGAGAGAAGCGUGACAAUGAAUUGCGUGAUCGUGAACAUGAACUUCGUGAGCGACAAGAGCGUGAGGUGAUGGAGCGUGCGAGGCAAGACCGUGAAAGACAAGAGCGUGAAAAUCAAGAGCGUGAACGCAAACAGAGUGAGAGACAAGAACGUGAACGUCAAGAGCGCGAGAGACAAGAACGUGAACGCCAAGAGCGUGAGAGACAAGAACGUGAACGCCAAGAGCGUGAGAUACAAGAACGUGAACACCAAGAGCGUGAGAGACAAGAACGUGAACGCCAAGAGCGUGAGAGACAAGAACGUGAACGAUUGGAUCGUGAACGACAAGAGCAAGAACGUGCACGUCAAGAACGCGAGAGACAAGAGCGUGAAAGAAAAGAACGCGAAGAACGUGAACGCGAGGAACAGUUGGAAAAAGAACGAAACAAUCGGGAAAACGCAGAGCGUGCCCGACGCGAAUUUGAAGAACAGCAAAAGGUUGAACGGGAACGGGCAGAGCGUGAAAACGCGGAACGCAUCGAAAGGGACCGCCUGGAAAGGGAAAAGGGGGAGCGCGCCAUAAGAGAACGCCUCGAGCAAGAGUACCGAGAGCGCAUAGAAAAAGAAGUAAAGGACAAAGAGAUGCAGGCGCGGUACAUGCGAGAAAAGGAAGAACGAGAGAGGGAGAUCGAGCGACAUCGUCAGGCUCUUCUAGAGGAGGAAAAGCAACGACUCAAGGACGAAGAGGACAAGCGUAACCUUCAGGAAUACGAGGUGCAACGCAAGCAAAAACUAUCUCCCAACCCCAAAAGUCGCGAGACGUUGGACUAUAUCGAGUCCAUGACGUCGGAGGAAGUCGAGCUCGAGUUUAAGAGACUCUUGGAGCGGGACAAGCGAAGGCGUGCAUACGAGGAGUUUACCAAUGAGCGACGCGCUUCCGGUCUUGUGUCAGUUACCAAGGUAACGUAUCAACCGGAUAUCGCGCGUAGUCCCGCAGAACGAGACCUGAGGCUGCAGCGGUUGCUGGCGGAGACGGAACGGAUUGAGAGGGAACGCGACGAGAUGGAAAGACGGCGGCGGCUGAGCAGUGACGAAGAGGAGAAGGAGAGAGCGGAACGACACAAGCAAAGGAUGCAGACUCUCGAGAACGAGCGCGAGCAAAUACGAGAUGCUCAGCGUCGCCUCAGGGAGUCUCUCGAACAAGGCCAAGGUGACUGGCUGCAGUACCAGAAAGAACGGCGGGAGCAGCUGCGCCAGGAGCAAGAGCUUCUACGCCAACAGGAGCUAGAUGGCCAAGCCGGAGAGGACGCCAUCCGUAAGAGGGUUGAGAUUCAACUUAAGAAAGAAAACGAGGACAUCAUCCGACAGGGUUUUCAGAGACUUCGCGAGGAAGAGGAGAAACGAAUUGCCGACGAGCAUAGCAAAGAGCGAACCGAGAAAGACCGAAUACUUAAAAAGAAGAUGGAAGAACAAGCUAUUCUUCGGGAAAAGGAAGAAGAAGCGCGCAGACAGCUUCAAGAAGAGCAACGCUUGCGAGUAUCCAGAGGCGGCGAGCCGGACCACGUGCUUGAGCUAAAACAACGAGCGCUUUCCGACUACGAGCGCCGCCGACGUCUUAUCGAUCAGGAGAUCGACCGGCGACAAGAGGAGAGUCGGUCUCUUGACAGACGGCAGGCGCGAGAGUGGGAGGAGGCGAAGGCGAGGAUCGAGAGGCUCCAGCAGUCACAGAUGGCGACACAACAGCAACAGCGGGGAAAUGUGGUUUCAGUGCUAAGGAACGGACAGGACAAGAAGCCCAAGAAACAGGUGUCAUUCAGUAACGUGGCAACCGAAAUUCGCGAGCCGACUUCGCCAACCUAUAUUGUGGGCUCAGGUGAAGGCGUCACCGCAAAGAUAACACCGGCGGCGAGCGUUCGACUCGUAAAUACCCGAAUGCCCGACGAGUCACCGGAACCCAUCCGACCACCACCUCCGUUGGACGACCUGGACGACUUACCCCCUCCCCCACCGCCGCCACCCGAGGAUGAUUCCAUACAUAAUCACGAAGAUCUUCCACCACCCCCUCCCCCUAAGGAAUCAAGGUAUACGGUUAUGACGAGUGCAUCUACUGUCACGUCACGAGUCUCGUUGUCUUCAACGUCGAGUGAUUCUCGCUCACCUAUGAGUCCCGCGGGGGGUGGGCCAGGAGAUGCAUUUGUGCCGCCUCAAACUAAUGGAGGUGUGGUGGUGUCUGGAUAUAGUACAUUUCCACGCGCGGCAAGACCUGCUUCGUACCCAACGCCCGCUGACCUAGAUGACAUACAAAUCCCGGAUUCUAUGAAGUACGGAGGCUCAAGUAACAACGUUUUUCGGGUCUCUGGCCCGGGCUUCGGGAAAAGUCAAUCUUUAGGAAGACUAGGGACUAGUAAUGACUCUCAGAUCGAGUACAACCGCGGCAGACUGGCUCGAAUUUCGUUAACCGACGAAGAAAAAGUUCGCAAACCGGAACCGCCACCGGUUGCUAAAAAACCUGAGAGCCUUGCAUUCAAACAAAAAAUGAAAAUGUUCAAUAACGAAAGCACUCCAGAUCAAAAGGUCAAGACAUCAAGAUGGCAUCGCGAAAUGGUGCUUAACGGAGAAGUCUCUCCGCCAUGAUAAGAAGUCAUAAUGGAAUUACCUUUUAUGGUAACCACCAGUACCAUAUAUGGUCAUUGUCUUCAUUGUAUGACCAUAUAUGGUCACCGCCGGAUAACGAUUAAACAUACGUCCUGGGUUAUCCAAUUUUAGUUUAAACCUAUUCUUCAUAUCGUGUUAGCAAAAGACAGCAUUCUAAGCGAACAUUUCGUUAGUUUUAAGGCCUUUUAAAUUGUAUUAUUAGUUAAAAGAAAAGACAUUCCAUUAUAGAGUUGUAAGUGUAACUCUUGCACAAAAAUAACGAUCACACGAAUCUAAGAUUCUCAAGUACAUAGCAAGAAAACGAUGAAUCUUUGCAUCAAUAUAUUUUACAUAAGCUAUAUUCUUACUAUCUUUCACGAACUUUUAUUCUCAAGUAGAUCAGUCUCUAACAAUUUUAGAAUAUAUUUUUUAGGAUUUUAAAAGAAAUCUUACCGAAUUUAUUAGGUUGGAUAUUCAAAUGCUAAAUGCAUUCGCCAACAUUGCAAAUUCGUUCUUCUGUGUUGAAUUCUAUCACAAGUUUUAGUUAUAUUUGUAAGAUAAAAGGGUAUUAUGAAUAUUUUUUCAAUCCAAGCGAUGCAAGUUGAACUAGCAUGAUUACGUUUCUUGUGGGAAAACUUCGUGUACAACUUUGGUUCAUUCUAUCUGUCGAUUAACGGCACUUUAAUCUCUCUCUCUCUUUUUUUUUUUUUUUUUUUUUUUUUUACCGAUCAGAGCUAGUGACGCAUUUGCAGCACUUGGAUUGUGUGAUAAAAGUAUAAACAACACGAGAGAAACUAAAAAGAACAUAAAACCAAGCAAACUGUCAUUUUAUUCCACGCUCUUAAACACGGUAAAAUCAUUUUAAUGGUUCAUGUAUAUAGUAGAAAAAUAAAUGUGAAUUUAUAAGCCUGCCAAA